AUGAAGAAAGUGAAUGCCAUGUCAGUGGAGGAUAUGUUGAAAGGCAAAUGUGUAUCAGUCGGGACAGCAGAUAAAACCAGCACAUGUUCGAAUCGAGAAUUUCAAGAACUCUCCUUUGACGCGGCCAAGGUCCUGAGAGAAAAGAACAUCUGUCCAGAAGAUAUCAUUACCGCUGUCAUCGAAGGGGCCGUCGCACUUUUAAAUUUACCGGCAGCAAUACAACAGAAGGCAACGCUUGAUGCAUACAAGGCGACUAAUACCUUUGAGGUGGCAUCUAAGGAUGCCAAAAAUGGGAAGGUGGAAUGUACGGUCAACAAAGAUCAUGUUAAGUGCCGUUGCCACAGCUUCAAGUAUGACAGUGUUUGUAAACACUCCAUUGCCGUUGCAGAACGAGUAGGAAUGCUUGAGGAGCAUAUUCGUCAUAUUACAAAGAGCUCAAGAAAGAGACCAAAGGACAACACUAGCGGAGGUUAA